CUGAACACGAUAUCAAUGUCUUGGGUAUUGUACUCGUACUGCAUCGUGAAACUUCUAAGCUCAUGUAUGGUGUUUGACACUGCCUGGGUAGACAAGUCUGGUGAUCUUGACUCCUGAGUUGUCGGGGUCGUGGCGCGAGCUCAGCAUCGUGGCAGUUCUCGCCCUAUGAGGUCUUGACCGUGAAGCAACACUUCCAUCCCUCUGAAUAUUUGAUGUUGGACAAUACUCUACUCAUUUGCUUAUCUGGUUGACUCAGGGAUUUAGCUCAAGGCUGACCGACAAUUCUGUGCCUUUUGCAGGUAUCCCGUGGAUCAUCUGCGUUUUCCAUGAUUACCUUGGGAUUACUCGUACCUCCUGAAUCUUACAAGUGCAACGAUAUGUGCAAUUCCAGUAUCUCCCACUACAAUGAAUAGCCACAGCCCGACAGCCAGCAAAAUUCUCAUGCUUGACCUGCAAUAAGCGAUGGAACGUGUCCUCUCAGAUGUCUUCUCGACUCUUCGGAAGUUUCGAUGAGUACAACAUGGCCAUGCAGAAGGGCUGAAGUUUUCUGAAAUUACCUUUCAUCCCGUGAACCAGGACUUGACGGGUGGCUUACAUGCAUCCCCUUCCCCGCCUAUCAAGAACGGGGAUUUACGAGUUCCUAUGCCUGCUUAUGAGGCUGGCUCGAGGCUGAAAAUAACGAAUCUCCGCUUACUGCAUCGCCCCCAAAUCCAUGAGUGAUCUAGAUGUGUUACAAGUUCCCGCAUUUGCCUUUUUUAUCUUCUCUGCAUCUGCCUGUUUCUUUUCUGCAUUUUUGUAUAUACUUUUACGCGCAAGUUGUUGAAAAUCCGCAAUCAUGGAUUCAAAUACCACCCAGAAGCAAGUUAUCACUGCAGCAGCUUCUUCUGCCGCAAGCCAAACCCCAAAACAGUCUUCAGAACCCACACGCAGUGGUGAAAAUCAAAGUUGGUGGAAAUGGGGCAGGGAAACUACGAAGGAUAAUAUCAAUAAACACCUUGCUCAUGAGUUCAAUGGCAAACUCGGCUUUGAUCACGGACACUGGUUCCAUCGACCAGAACAGCACGAUAGUAGCGCGACUUUUGAUAAGGCCGGCGAGUUGGAGAGUGACGAAAAGGGUCGCUAUGUUUAUAGAAGUGAGUGCCCAGUCUUUUUCAUGGAAUCUUUAUAAGUAGAUACUAGAUCUACGACGUUCUCAAACUCUACUGCCUCUACAAUGCCUUACUUAUACCACACCUCACAUAUCUCUAAGAUGUACUAAUGUCCAUUUUCUAUAGAUUAUCUUGGCCAGAAGUACCAUAAACAUGCAGAUGUGGCUACGUGA